AUGGCUCAGUACGGAAAGGCCGAAUACUGGGAGGAGCGCUACACAAGGGAUCCUGAGCCUUUUGAUUGGUAUCAGCGAUGGGCUGGGCUCAAGGAUACCUUCACCGAGUUCGCGCAACCUUCCCACGCCAUCUUGAUGCUGGGCUGUGGCAACUCACGCCUCAGUGAGGAGAUGUAUGAGGAAGGCUAUCACAGUAUCACCAAUAUCGACCUUUGUAUGACAGUCAUCAAAGCAAUGCAGGAGAAGGACCGCGACAAGCCCGGCUUGACAUACAAGCAGAUGGAUGGACGCUCCAUGGAGCUCCCAGAUGCCAACUUCAAUGUGGUCAUCGACAAGGCCUGCCUGGACUCGAUCUUGUGCGGCGAGGGCUCCACACACAACGCCCAGAAGCUGUUGACGGAGGUCUCCAGGGUUUUGCAGCCAAACGGGGUGUACAUCGCCGUGUCUCACGGGCAGCCAUCCUAUCGCCUCACCUACCUGCAGCGGCCAGAGUUUGGAUGGAAUGUCAAGACCUACACCGUGCAGAAGCCAAUGAUGGGUAUGACUGCCUCAUUGUCUGCAGAUGACAAGGACAGCGUUCACUACAUCUACGUCUGCGUGAAGGGCGAAGUGGCCAAGGCAAUUCGGCUUUGCCUCGUCACGAUGUGA